ACUUACUUAACUAACUGCAUCCAGUUCUUGGAGACCAGAUUUUAAUCACUGGUGUAGGUAAUGGUGAAGAGUAGAAAUAGUCAGUUCUUUCAGGUUUUUUCUAGGUGAAUCUAGUCUGACAUCACUGAUUUAUGGAUGUUCACAACAUUAAAGCCUUCUGAGAUUUUUCUUGUAAGUAACUUUGAGAAGGCUAUAAUUAUGACCUAAUUUUCAGGGUUUGUUUGUUUGUUUGUUUGUUUGUUUUAGUGCUGGCAUUUAACUCACAGACACACAUAUUAAGCAGACUUGACCACUGAGCUAUACACUUCCAGUCCCAAUGUUGUAUCUCACUCAGCAUGUGAGAGUUUUUCCUGGUCUUGGAUAAAGCUUUUCUGUAAACCAUGAAUUAUAUUCUUGAAGGUAUUUUAAAUAACACGUACAUCAUUUUAUUUUGAUAUUUCUUUAUUUAACCAAAGUUUCAUCUCUUCCUAAAGGAACUCUUCAAUUUCUUGAGUUUUAGCUUGACUACAGAUGACAGGAUUUGAGAUUUGGUGAACUUGGAGUUUGGGUUUAUAAACACUUGCCUUAAUUAAUGCUUUAAUGACAUCUCAGUUUAUCCGGAGAUUUGGCAAAGGUUCCUAUGAGAGGUAACUUUAAGUGAACCAUCACAGGUCAUCAACUGGUGAGUUGACUUGGUGAUUCAUUGAGUUAAUUUGGAAACAGGAGGUCAGGAUGACUCAUUUUAACUCUUUCUGGCUCCCUGUGUGCUGACUUCUUGCUCUGCAUUUGCUUAUCCUCAAAAAGAAGCCCUGGUUCAGGUCCCUUUUAGAACACUUUUUCAAGCUCAAAUAGCUGAACAGUAAUCAUCCAUGCACCUCUAAUUAAAAUUAAAAGGAAAACCACAUUUAGUAACGGGAUUAUGGUUGAAUUGCUCUUAUCUAAUGACCCCAUGAUUUCAUUUUUUCUCAACAAGAUACUUUUUGUGUCUUACUUCUAAAGCUGUAUCCCUUAACAUCGAUGCUGUGUAUUUCUGUGGCUAAAAUGAAACCUAAAAGACUCUUCCAUGACAAUGGGUCCAUGCUUCGGUCUAAUGAUGGAAUGACUCUAUCUGUUUUGUCCUCAAAAGGUUUGUUUCUAAACUGUCCCACAUUUUUUCUGUAACAGUAAGAGUGGAGCCAGGAGACGGAAUGGGAUUGGAAAGGCCUGGAAAGGGACCUGCAUGUGUGAGUGUUUCUAUGGUACAGGGAAACUGCUCACUGAAUCGAUGCAAAACUCAAGUACCUAAAUAAAAUUAAAAUUAACUUGGAAUCAGAUGGAUUUACUAAUUAGUAAAAUACCAAAAUGUUGAGAGAAAUAGAACUGUCAUGUUCUAAGGACAUACAUAGUGAAUUUUCUUUCAUUGAGGAUGGUAUUGCCAAUUAUGAAAUGACUUAUAAAAGUAAUCCUCGAGUUAGUUCAAAAACUGUCUUCCAUCCUACCUAUAUAGUUUCUCUUCCAGAGGUUGGGGUUGAGUCUGGUAGCCUCUGUUUAAAAGUCUUUGAAAGAAAUGUGGAUGCAAGUGGUUAGUAAGACAUAUUUAGAGAAACAUUACAGUGAAGUCUAAUUUCAUAUUCAGAUGCUUAGUUCUGUUUCUAUUUUUGAGCAUGUAUUCCAUCUGCCUUAAAUAUACAUUUGCGCAUAAUCACACACCAAAAUACAGCCCUCAGGGUUGCCUUGGAAUUCUUAGAAUGGAAUGGGAUGGUACCUAUCAUGCCCCUAUGUUGUGUCUAGAAGCCCUCAGCGUUAGCAAGCUUUUGUAGAGAUACUGUCGAACGUCCUUCCGAGUGACCGGUGUUUGGAGAUAGAUUCAAUCAAAGGAAGGCUACGGAAGAAAUGCACAAUGUGAAGCCAGACGAAAGUUCCAGCACGGAGGGGCACUGGUGGGCAUGGUGUCUCAGCACUAACCAAACAGCUAUUGGCGUGUGACAACUGCUGGGAGAGAAAGAGUCAGCUGUCUUUGAUGAUGUGACCCCUAGUAGGUCAGCCAUACUCCAGGGCAGGCCCCUACUCCAGGGCAGGCCCCAUCCCCAGGAGUGGUAAGAAAGCCACACUAACUGGACUCAGUAAAAGAUGAAGUGAUUGAGAAGAAAGAGUGAGCCCCUUGCCUUUGCAGACAGGACAGCAUGGAGCAGCCCUUCACUGUGAACUCGCUGAAAAAGUUAGCUGCUAUGCCUGAUCAUACAGAUGUGUCUCUAAGUCCAGAGGAGCGGGUCCGUGCCCUAAGCAAGCUUGGUUGUAACAUCUCCAUUAAUGAAGACAUCACCCCACGCCGUUACUUCAGGUCUGGAGUAGAAAUGGAAAGGAUGGCAUCCGUGUAUUUGGAAGAAGGAAACCUGGAAAAUGCCUUUGUUCUUUAUAACAAAUUUAUAACAUUGUUUGUAGAAAAGCUUCCCAGCCAUCGAGAUUAUCAGCAAUGUGAAGUACCAGAGAAGCAGGAUAUCAUGAAGAAACUGAAGGAGAUUGCAUUCCCAAGGACAGAUGAAUUAAAAAAGGACCUGCUAAGGAAAUAUAACACAGAAUACCAAGAGUAUUUGCAAAGCAAAAACAAAUAUAGAGCUGAGAUUCUCAAGACGUUGGAACAUCAGAGACUGAUAGAGGCCGAGCGCAAGCGGAUAGCUCAGAUGCGCCAGCAGCAACUAGAAUCCGAACAGUUCCUGUUUUUCGAAGAUCAACUCAAGAAGCAGGAGUUGGCCCGAGGCCAGAUGCGAGGUCCAGACCCGGCAGUGCUGUCUGAGCAGACGGAUGGAAGCGGGCUCUCCUGCUUUUCUACCCACCAGAGCAACUCUCUGCGGAAUGUAUUUGCCGAUCAGCCUCAUAAAAGUGAUGGAAGCGGUUUCGCUGACCAUUCUCCUCCCGUGAACAGGGCCUUAAAGCCAGCGGCUUUAAGUGCUGUUCAGAAUUUAGUGGUAGAAGGACUGAGAUGUGUGGUUUUAUCAAGAGAUCUUUGCCAUAAAUUUCUGCUGCUGGCUGAGUCUAACACAGUGAGAGGAAUAGAAACCUGUGGGAUCCUCUGUGGCAAACUGACACAUAACGAAUUCACUAUCACCCAUGUGAUCGUGCCAAAGCAGUCUGCGGGCCCAGACUAUUGUGACAUGGAGAAUGUAGAGGAAUUGUUCAGUGUUCAGGAUCAACAUGGUCUCCUCACGCUCGGAUGGAUUCAUACACACCCCACGCAGACUGCGUUCCUGUCCAGUGUGGAUCUUCACACUCACUGCUCCUAUCAGCUUAUGUUGCCGGAGGCUAUUGCCAUUGUGUGUUCCCCAAAGCAUAAAGACACUGGCAUUUUCAGGCUCACCAAUGCUGGCAUGCUUGAGGUUUGCGCUUGUAAAAAGAAGGGCUUUCAUCCUCACACCAAGGACCCCAGGCUGUUCAGUAUAUGCAGCCAUGUGUUAGUAAAAGACAUCAAAACAAUUGUGUUGGAUCUGAGGUGACAUGCUCCAAAUACAAGACCAUCUGCACCAGAUACCUGCCAUGAAUAUGUAUGACUGCUGAAUUUCUUAUGAUGUUUCCAGAAGUGACUGAUAUUUUAUAUUUAUAUAUUUUAGAUCAAAAGUUUGAUAUUUAUUGUUCUUGCACAUUUUGAAGUUUCCUUUUUGGGUUGCUGUGUCUCAAAGGAGGUCACAUGCUGUUCAACCUAUGCCUAUUGAUGUACCCAAAUAAUAUCCUCAGAAAUAAAUUGUGUUGCAAAUAGCAA